GACCUUUACGGAUCCGAGAAGGUGGCUCUGAGAACUUUUUCUUUUCCAGUAGCACAGGCUGGUGUUCCCAGUGUUUGCUGGGGAGUCCUGGGGGCGUGACGAUGGAGGGAGUGGCUUGGGACCUGCACUCAUUGCCACUUGUCCCACACUGGAGUUUGGGGAACCACUCUCCCGUCCCUCCACUGUGGAGCUGCGUUCCUGUGAGGGAGGAGGCGCUCUGUGGUGGCCAGGAAUAAGAAUAAAAGAUUCUGGAGGAGUUGGAGAGAGUGUAUUCAGUCCUCAAACCAGGAGAUCAACAAAGUAGGAAAUGCACAAUUUUGAGGAAGAGUUAACUUGUCCCAUAUGUUACAGUAUUUUUGAAGAUCCUCGUGUACUGCCAUGCUCUCAUACAUUUUGUAGAAAUUGUUUGGAAAACAUUCUUCAGGCAUCUGGUAACUUUUACAUAUGGAGACCUUUACGAAUUCCACUCAAGUGCCCUAAUUGCAGAAGUAUUAUUGAAAUUGCUCCAACUGGUAUUGAAUCUUUACCUGUUAAUUUUGCAUUAAGGGCUAUUAUUGAAAAAUACCAGCAAGAAGACCAUCCAGAUAUUGUCACCUGCCCUGAACAUUACAGGCAACCAUUAAAUGUUUACUGUCUACUAGACAAAAAAUUAGUUUGUGGUCAUUGCCUUACCAUAGGUCAACAUCAUGGUCAUCCUAUAGAUGACCUUCAGAGUGCCUAUUUCAAAGAAAAGGACACUCCUCAAAAACUGCUUGAGCAGUUGACUGACACACACUGGACAGAUCUUACCCAUCUUAUUGAAAAGCUGGAAGAACAAAAAUCUCAUUCUGAGAAAGUGGUCCAAGGCGAUAAGGAAGUUGUUCUCCAGUAUUUUAAGGAGCUUAAUGAUACAUUAGAACAGAAAAAAAAAAGUUUCCUAACAGCUCUCUGUGAUGUUGGCAAUCUAAUUAAUCAAGAAUAUACUCCACAAAUUGAAAGAAUGAAGGAAACGAGAGAGCAGCAGCUUGAAUUAAUGACACUGACAACAUCUUUACAAGAGGAGUCUCCACUUAAAUUUCUUGAAAAAGUUGAUGAUGUACGCCAGCGUGUAGAGAUCUUGAAACAAAGACCACUUCCUGAGGUUCAACCUGUCGAGAUUUAUCCUCGAGUAAGCAAAAUAUUGAAAGAAGAAUGGAGCAGAACAGAAAUUGGACAAAUUAAGAACGUUCUCAUUCCUAAAAUGAAAAUUUCUCCAAAAAGGAUGCCAUGUUCCUGGUCUGAUAAGGAUGAAAAGGAAAUUGAAUUUUUUAAAAUUUUAAACAUUGUUGUAGUUACAUUAAUUUCAGUGAUACUGAUGUCAAUACUCUUUUUCAACCAACACAUCAUAACCUUUUUAAAUGAAAUCACUUUAAUAUGGUUUUCUGAAGCCUCUCUAUCUGUUUACCAAAGUUUAUCUAACAAUCUGCAUGAGGUAAAGAAUAUACUGUAUCACAUUUUCUAUUUGUUGACGGAAUUCAUGUGGAAAAUAGUUUCUCAUUGAAAACGUCAAUCUGAAUUGUUUAAAUGGGCUCAUUCUGUACAUUGCUAAAUGAAAAAUAGGGUGGCAGCAUGAAUAAAUAGCAAACUAAGCUUUAUUAGUGCUGCAACUAAUAUAAACAAAGUUUAUGUUUGUUGCUUUUGGUUAGCAAUAUGUCAAAGUUAGAAAUAUCUGAAAUAUUCAAAUCUUUGGGAAAAUCUAGUAACUAAUUUGAAAAUUAAUACACUAUCCCAUUUUUAUUGGCUUUAUGAAGGAUGACAUAAUGUUGCUAUGACAUUUAAACAUUCUUGUACCAAUAUUGUCUUUUACCAUUAUGAUAUAUUGCAGUUAAUGGCCUUUAUAGUUCUUUAUAUAUAUAGCAAAAUCCUGAAAGUACAUAUACCUUUAUUUUGAUAUGGCUUGAAGCUUCUGAAUGGGUGAAUAGGAUGAUAGAAAGGUUUUAAAAUGAAGCAACAAAGUCUUAAAGUGAUAAGGCAUUGUUUAAAGAUCUUUUGAUCAAACAUACCUGUGUUUUAGACAGAUUUAAGAUAUCACCAUUCACUCCAAAUAAAGCUAUUGCUUUUGGAUAACUGUUCGGGAACGGUGGCUUUUUUUUUUUUUUGAGACGGAGUCUCGCUCUGUCGCCCAGGCUGGAGUGCAGUGGUGCGAUCUCGGCUCACUGCAAGCUCUGCCUCCUG